AUGCCUGAUGCUGAGGCUGCCGCAGCUGCCAUUGCCUCGCAGCGGAGACAAGGGUUUCGAUUCAAGAACGGUUUCCUGCGUAGACUGUUUCGCAUGCUAACCUUCUCUUCCUCCUCCACCUCCUCCUCUUACUCCUAUGCUCUGACAAACGAGCUUCCGCCGUCAAGCAACGUGGCAGCUGUGUCGCUGUUUGAGGCUCACAACCGUGAAACUUUCAUCGCCUCCUCCACCCCGCUCCGGAUCCGGUCCCUCAGCUCGGGCGCCGCG